AUGAAUACUAAAAAACAUAAAAGUAAAAAUCGUGCGAAAUUGAACCUAGCUACCGCGCCAAUGCAAGAAAACACUAAAAUGGCCCCAGAGAUUGAGCAUACUGACUUAGUUAAAGACAUUGAAUCUAAUCUAAAGAACGAGGAAAAUGUUGAAAAGAUAGGUGAAAUUAAUGAAACUUUAACUGUCUUAAAACACGAAGAAACCAUCCAGAAAUUAGAUGAUGUUAAAGAAACUGUUGCUGACGUUACUCCUGUUAAUUUGGAAUUGCCAAUUAAACCAAAAAGAAAUAAAGGUAAGAAGAAAAAACAAAUUGCGCGCGAAGUUGACCAAAACAAUAAAUCUGAAGAUAAUAACAAAACAGAUAUUAUUGGAAAUGAAGAAAUUAUUUCCGAAACAAAUCCAAUUAAUGUCACAACGCUAGACUCAUGUUCUGUUCAACCAAGCGCUCGUAAAAAGAAACAUAAAGUUAAAAAUCCUAUUGGAUCGACUGUUGAAGUUUUAACAGAUAUAGAGUGUGCUGUUGAGCUUUCUUCAUCCGAGAAAAGCUUGAAUAUGGAAAACAAAGAAGAUGAAAUCAAAGAUAAAUUUCAAAUCAAAAACAAAAAGAAUAAGAAAAAGAAACGCAGGCACGACUCUGAAAAAUCAGAAAAAGCAGAGGAUAAAAUAUCCUGCACAGCUGCUUUUGAUGAGUUGGUUAAUACAAAGAACAAUAAUAUUAAUUUGGAAAAUAGAAUUGAAGAUUCUACGCCGAUUCAAGAAAUAGCUAAGAAUGUUGUCGAUACAUUUGCUGGAAAUGCGGAAAUAAAGUCAACGAUAGAAGAUUUGUCCGAAAAAAAUGUUGACAAAGAAGUAGACAUUGACACCCAAAAAAAGAAAAAGAAAGAGAAAAAGCAUCCAAAGCCUAAAAAUGUCAACAAAAUACUUUCUGAUAUGAAAAAUGAGGACGAAACUUUUGAUGUUGCACAGACAAAUAAAGAAAAAUCAACAACACACUCGUCUUUGCAAUCUAGUAUCUUAAAAGAACCAAAAUCGAAAGUAAUAAUUGCUACGCCUGUGCAAAUAUGUAUGCAUAAUCAAGACAAUACAGUAACAACUGAAAGCGAUUCAGUGAUAAUGAAUAUUGAAAAUACUUUAUUUGAGAAAAACAUAAGCAAAUCGACUCCAAGUUCAACAAAUAGAACUAAGGACUCAUCAGUUCAGUUGACAGAAUCCUCUCAAUUAAGCCUAAAUCCGGAAAAAAAUGAAUAUUCUGUUAAAAACGUUGGAGAUAUUGAUGCGGGAAACACCCCAAAUGUUUUUGAAAUAGAAAAAGCUGAUGAAACUGCUAAUUUCUUAGAUAAUAUCAAACAAGUAUCAGACAAAGAACAGGAAUCUGAUUAUAAAUUUGAAACGGAGCCGGAGAAAACGAAUACAAUGGAAUUUGGUGAAGAUAAUGUUGGUAAGGAAUUAAACUAUCAGUCAAAAGAGAUUUCGAAUGCUACAAAAGAUAAAAAGGAAGAUAUUGUGGCCAAGACUAUAAGUGAGACUGAGCUGAUACAUGAAAGCAUUAUAAACAAGCAGGAUACUUUUAUACAAAAAGAUAUAAGUCACGAAUCAAUUUCGGAUGAAUUUUAUGAUAAUACUCCUGAUUUUAUUCACAUACCUCGUUCAAGCAGUCAGCAGUUAUUAGAUGAUAAUAAUAAUAACAACAUGGAUAUACGAGAAAUAACUUCAUCAGAUGAAAUAAAAUUGGGCAUUCCCGUUUUAACUUCUAAUAUAAUACGGGAUUCUGGAGAGACGCCAGUAUCGACUCCGAUAAUAGUUGAUACUGGUAUAAUUGUAACUGAGGUGGAAAGUAUACCAAAUAAAGAAGAAAAAACAGAUUUAAAAUCUAAAAUGAUGGAAGUCAAUCAAGAUUUAGAGGAGUUAAAAAUGUCCCUGGAUAAAUCGCUUGCAGAAUUGAACGCUAUAGAAAAAGAUAAUCAAAAUUGUGAAAAUAAAUUGAAAUCAUAUGAAGUACCGGAAACAAAAACACAUGAAAUAAAUAAACCAACAUCGGAUAUACCUGUAGAGGCAACCAAUAUAUUCAAACCUUUAGCAGAUCGAUUAAAUGAAAUUGAAAAUAAGUUUAUUCACGUAGAAGAAGAACCUGUCAGAUCUCUUCUGAGAAACGAAUUAGUCGCUGAAAAUUUGCCUGAAGUAGCUACUGAGCAUGUUACACCACCUGUUUGUCCAUCACGAAAAGAUCGUAAAGGUAAAGUGAAAACUAAAAAGAGAGGAAGAAGAGAACCGGAAACUAUAUCACAGACAGCAAAUGUUACUACCGAAACACAAUCCCAAGAAACAAAAAGUGAUAAUAAAAGUGACGAAAAACCGAAAUCUUCUGACGAAACAGGCAAACAAAAAGAUUCUGGUGAAAAUGACAGUUCUAUUCAACCAAUAUCAUCAGAGUUGCAUUUUGAACCAAUUGAAAACUUCGAAGAUGCAUUGUCAACCAGUGUUGAUGAUGUCGACGUCAACAAAAAAUUUGAAGUAAUUGCUAAUGAAUUAAAUAAUGAUCCUCAAGACGGUCAACUACAAAAAGAAUCGUUUUUAAAUAAUCCAGAAAUCAAUAUAACACCUCCAUCAGAGGAUGUGGAGAAAGAUGCAACACAAAAAAAUCCUGUUUCAGAGCCAAAAAACUUACUUGGCCAUCCAGAAAUUUCUGUGUCAUCGAGUAAAACCGAUUAUAAAAAGGAAAAGAAUAAAACACCCAAUUCUAAACAAGCCAAAGUGAAAAUAAAAGAUGGUGAUGUUGAUAUAGAACUAGAUAAUGUUUCAGUUAAAAAGUCUAAGCAAUCGCAAACAGAUUCCAAAUUUAAAAUAUCAAAACAUAAAAACGAAAUGGAAUCAUUUUCAUACGUGACUAAUGAAAAAGAGGAAUACGUAUAUAAAUACAGCUUCCGAAAAGUUUUUCUUGCUAGCAUUUGCCACGUUUGUAGGAAAGAUUUAAAGCAGCUACGAUUACCUUGCAAGUUUUGCAACUUGGUAUUUUAUUGUAACCAGAAGCACAAGGAUGAGGACUGGCCCCGACACCAAUCAUUAUGUUUUGCAGUUUCUACAAUAGUCCAUUUAAAAGAUCAAAAACACAUCUACGCAGAUGCAAAGAAUAUGUCCGGACAGAAUUAUCGUUUAAUAAGAAUGCAGAUGAUUUUGUCUUGCGAGAAGGUACUCAAACGCAAACUUUUACCCUGGGAACAGGAAGCUUUGCUAUACCCGAGGAUCUGUGCGGAUGUUCAGUGCAGAGAAUGGAGGCAAUCAAAACUAAAGGACUGCGAGGGAUGUGGUCAGGUAUCAUACUGCAUUGAACAUCCAGAACAUUUAUCACCGAACCAUCAGCGCUGGUGCAAGUCCUACGCUCUCUAUCAGAAGAUGGUGCUGUAUCAACAGUCGAAGGGGAGGCUGAUGCCGAAGUUGCCCGGCAAAGUGAUGAUGGACGACUACGUUAUCCCGGAGAAGAUAAAUGAAGUUCUAGCUUCGAUGUAUGAUGAGAAAAUUGAUAUGUCAGACAUCCAGUACGCAGCGCUGACUCAACUUGCGACAGCACCGCUCACUGCUGCCUACUGCCACCAGAUUUAUCGCCAGGCGGUCAACUACUCCAAUGGAGUUAAUAAGAGAUCAACUUUCACCAUUCACGCUGUCGGAGCAGAUCUCCAGUUCGAAGCGGACUCUCUCAACAAGUGGGAAGUGUUCUUUCUUCAUCUGAAGCCUGACGUGAAGGACCUCCGAGUGGCGCUGAUUGGAACUGAACUAAAUCCGUCCAACCUGCCCCUGGAUUUAUUGGGCAAGAUGAAACUCUGUGAUCACUGCCAUACGAGUAAAAGGCGGGUCCAGUUCAGUUUCCAGGAUAAGUCCUAUCAUGAAUACUGGUCCAGUGAUGACUUUACAGUGCCGGAUAUUGUAUGCGCUUUCAACCCCAACAUUCAAAGAUCAUCGUCGUACAAUGAAACUAACGCGUGGCCAUCGACCAUCAACUGUAUUAUGAAGCAAAAAAUCCCAUUUCUUAUUACAUCUCACUCGCUAGAGGAAUUGAAAAGAGAUUUAGAAUACAUCGACAAACAUACAGAAUUAAAUUACAAAGUUAUAUCAGAGGCCAAGAAUAAUCCCUACGCGAGUGUGAGACCAGAUAGAAAUUUUGUCACGGACGAGGAAACUCCUUUGCUGUUCAAGAAUAAUUGCUUUGUUGUUUUGUGUGGUUUUUAA